AUGCAGCCAUUGAAAUGGCUGAGGAUACUGCUAGUAAUUGUCUGUGCCGCUGGGCAAACGCUGCGGACCGUCCGGCAGGCAGGGUACAGCUACAACGUACCGAAAGUACCAUUCACGUUACCAGGCCCACCAGCACCUAAUUAUGGGUAUCCUGCUCCGGCUCCACCACCAACUUAUGGUCCUCCUAGACCACCGCCACCACCACCUCCUCCUCCUCCUCCUCCUCCUCCACCAACUUAUGCACCCCCUCAACCACCACCAAGAGUUUCAACGCCAGCACCAACCUACUUGCCACCCUAUGGCCAAGGCACUCAGCAAGCAGCCAGUUCUGCAUCAGCAUCUGCAACAGCAUCAGCAAAUGCGGUAAAAAUAAUAGGACCAGUCACGUCACCUGGUACAUCUGGAGUGAAUGCAAUUGCUGAUAGCAGUUCUUCAGCAUAUGCUUCGACGUAUGGUUAUUCAGCUCCAGCUCCUGCUGUUGCCAGUUAUCCAACUUCUAGACAAUCAUCUGCUGUUAAUUAUAAUUAUUCUCCACCUACUAGGAUAAGUUAUCCUGCACCUCCACCGGCGCCUAGUUAUCCGGCUCCAGCGCCCAGUUAUCCAGCUCCUGCGCCUAGUUACCCAGCUCCUGCGCCUAGUUAUCCAGCUCCUGCGCCUAGUUACCCAGCUCCUGCGCCUAGUUAUCCAGCUCCUGCGCCUAGUUACCCCGCUCCUGCGCCUAGUUAUCCUGCUCCUGCACCGAAUUAUCCUGCUCCAGCACCUUCUCCAACUUAUGUUGCUCGACCUGGACCGCGUUAUCUUCCUCCCGCUCCUGCCCCUGCCCCUGCUCCGGCCCCAGUUCUUGCUCCUGCUCCUGUCCCUGCCCCCGUUCCCCAACCUGGUUACCUUCCACCAUCAGGUUAA